UGGGAGACGAGAUUCGGCAGUUCGACUCAUUAAUAAGCGAACAAAUGUAAUGAUAAAAAAUUGUUGGAAGAGGAGUUACCAGAUUUGACUUUCCAUUGACCGAGCACAAUUCAUUACAAGAAAUCCUAGGAGACCGCUCUGCUUAGUAAACCGAAUGGGAUUUCGACAUCUAUUUGUCCAUUUGAUCAAAGCAAACAAAAAUCUUUUUUUCUUUUUGCUUAGCGGUUGAGACUUGGAAAAUAAGCAAUUUUUACCAGUCUUCUCACCGCUGUGGCUAUAAUUCCCUCGUUGAUGCCGGGCGGCGAAUUGUCCACCGACGGGACCGAGCCGUUCAUGGCCUCUAAAGUUAAAGCCUUUUCUACUCCGUCGCCGAUCGUUGAAAUCAGCCGAAAAGAUGAACCUAUAAUGGAAAAGAAAGAGAAGGAUCCACGAAAAAUUGCUAGAAAGUAUCAACUGGAGUUAUGCAAGAAAGCCAUGGAAGAGAACAUAAUUGUUUAUUUGGAGACUGGUUGUGGGAAGACCCACAUCGCAGUUCUGCUUAUUUAUGAGCUUGGCCAUUUGAUACGGAAACCUCAGAAUAGGGUAUGCAUUUUUCUUGCUCCCACAGUGGCUCUUGUUCAGCAGCAAGCCCGGGUUAUAGAAGAUUCUCUUGAUUUCAAGGUUGGGACUUAUUGUGGUAACUGCAGACACUUGAAGAACCAUCAUGACUGGGAAAUAGAGAUCAAAGAAUAUGAGGUUCUUGUUAUGACUCCCCAAAUACUACUUCGUAGCUUAUAUCACUGCUUCAUCAGGAUGGACUUAAUCGCUCUUCUGAUAUUUGAUGAGUGUCAUCAUGCUCAAAUAAAAAGCAACCAUCCUUAUGCAGAAAUCAUGAAAGUUUUUUAUGAUAAAGCUACUGCAUCAAUGCUUCCUCGUAUAUUUGGAAUGACAGCAUCUCCCGUUGUUGGUAAAGAUGCUUCCAGUCAAGUAAAUUUACCUAAAAGCAUCAACAGCCUCGAAAACUUGCUUGAUGCUAAGGUAUAUUCAGUUGGAGAUAAGGAGGAAUUGGAAAGCUUUGUAGCAUCUCCUGUGGUUAGAGUAUAUGAUUAUGGUCCUGUCAAUUUUGGUUCUUCUUGUUCCACCAUUAUCUAUUGUAGUAAACUUGAGGAGAUUAAGCGCCAGUGCAUACCUUUUGUCAGGAAGAAUGGUGAUAUUCAAUCUGCCAGGAACACAAAAAAGCUGCUCAACAGAAUGCAUGAUAAUAUAAUCUUUUGCUUGGAAAAUUUGGGCAUUUGGGGAGCAUUGCAAGCUUGCCGACUUCUUUUAACUGGUAAUAACUCUGAGAGGAAUGAAUUGAUAGAAGAUGAAGGGAUUUUAAGUGACGACUCUGUAUGUGAUCGAUAUCUUGUUCAUGCUGCUGAUGUUUUUGCUUCAGAUUGUACGAGAGAUGGAUCUGCAAACGAUUUAUCUGAUGUAGAGAUUUUGAAGGAACCAUUUUUCUCGAAAAAGCUGCUACGUCUUGUUGGAAUUCUUUCCACCUUCAGGUUACAGCCAAAUAUGAAAUGCAUAAUUUUUGUGAAUAGGAUUGUUACUGCAAGAUCCUUGUCAUACAUACUGCAAAACCUUAAGUUCCUAUUAUUUUGGAAGUGCCAUUUUCUUGUGGGAGUCCACUCUGGACUUAAAAGUAUGUCAAGAAAGACAAUGAAAAACAUUCUUGAGAAGUUCAGAACAGGAGAGUUGAAUCUUUUGAUUGCAACUAAAGUCGGUGAAGAAGGACUUGACAUUCAGACAUGCUGCCUUGUGAUACGUUUUGACCUUCCAGAAACUGUUGCGAGCUUUAUCCAAUCAAGAGGACGUGCAAGAAUGCCUCUCUCUGAGUAUGCAUUUCUGGUGAACAGUGGGAACGAGAAGGAACUAGAUUUGAUUAAAAAUUUUAAGAAAGAUGAAGAUCGUAUGAAUGUGGAAAUUUCUUUCAGAACAUCUACUGAGGUUUCUAUUGGUCUUGAGGAGAGAAUCUAUAUGGUUGAUUCAUCUGGUGCUUCCAUCAGUUCAGGAUAUAGUAUCUCUCUACUUCAUCAUUACUGCUCAAAACUGCCCCAUGAUGAGUACUUUUUCCCCAAGCCAAGCUUUUAUUAUUUUGAAGAUUCAGGAGGAACAAUCUGCAAUAUAAUAUUACCUUCGAAUGCUCCAAUAAAUCAAAUUGCCAGUACACCUCAAUCUUCAGUUAAUGCUGCCAAAAAAGAUGCUUGUCUAAAAGCAAUUGAAGAAUUGCAUAAAUUGGGAGCCUUGACUGACCAUCUCUUGCCACUGCAAAACAGUGUUCUUGAGGAGGAAACAUUGCUGGUGUCUUCUGAUUCUGGGAGCUCUGAAGCAGAUGAGGAUUCACGAGGUGAACUACAUGAGAUGCUUGUUCCUGCUGUGCUUAAAGAAUCAUGGACUAACUUAGAGAACUGUGUCCUCCUUUAUGCUUACUAUAUAAAAUUUAAUCCGAAUCCUAAGGACAGGAGCUAUAAAGAGUUUGCUCUCUUUGUCAAGUCUCCUCUCCCUAAGGAGGCUGAGAGAAUGGAGCUGGAUCUUCACCUAUCUCGGCGUAGGUCGGUGAUGACAAAGCUUACCCCAUCUGGAGUUGCAGAAUUUAAGAGAGAAGAGAUCAUGCAGGCACAGCAUUUUCAAGAAAUGUUCUUCAAGGUCAUCCUUGAUAGAUCAGAACUCCUUUCUGAAUUUAUUACUUUAGGAAAUGUCUUUCUUUCAUCAAGCUCCUCAACAUUCUAUUUAUUGCUUCCUGUUAUUCUCUCCAAUUGUGAGAAUAAAGUGACAGUGGAUUGGGGGAUUGUCCAAAGAUGUUUGUCGUCUCCACUUUUUAAGCCUCCUGUUGCAGCUGCAAAGAUUGAAAAUUUCCCUUCAGAUGUUUGCUUGCACCUUGUAAAUGGUUGUAGGAGUAUAAGAGACAUUGAGAAUAGUUUGGUGUAUGCCACACACAAGAGGGCCUUUUACUUUAUUACUAGCAUUGUUGGUGAAAAAAAUGGUUACAGCCCAUAUAGAGAUUCAGGCACUUUAAAUCACGUGGAGCACUUAAACAUGUCUGGCAUUCAUCUUAAGUACCCUGAACAACCUCUUCUGCAUGCAAAACCACUUUUUAAGUUGCACAAUUUGCUCCACAACCGAAAGCCGGAGGAUUCAGAAGCAAAUGAACUGGAAGAAUACUUCAUUGAUUUGCCUCCUGAGCUUUGUCAGCUGAAAAUAAUAGGCUUCUCCAAAGAGAUAGGGAGUUCGCUUUCUUUGUUACCAUCAAUUAUGCAUCGCCUGGAGAACUUGCUUGUGGCUAUUGAACUGAAGCAUGUUUUUUCUGCUUCAUUUGCCGAGGGAGCUGAAGUUACUGCCCUUAGGGUCCUAGAAGCACUUACUACAGAGAAGUGUCAAGAGCGUUUUUCUCUUGAAAGGCUUGAGACACUUGGUGAUUCCUUCCUCAAGUUUGCUGUGGCCCGCCAUCUUUUUCUUUUACAUGAUGCACUUGAUGAAGGGGAAUUGACUAGGAGAAGGUCUAAUGUUGUAAAUAAUUCUAAUUUAUUCAAGCUGGCAACAAGGCGAAAUUUACAGGUUUACAUACGUGAUCAACCUUUUGAUCCUUAUCAGUUCUUUCCCUUGGGCCAUCCCUGCCCAGUAAUUUGUACAAAAGAAACUAAAGGAACUGUUCACCCACAAUCUAGUUGUCAAGUAGAUCAUACAAAGAGUGAAGUCAAAUGUAGUAGAAAUCACCAUUGGCUACAUAAGGACACAAUUUCUGAUGUGGUUGAGGCUCUUGUAGGAGCAUUUAUAGUUGAUAGGGGCUUCCAAGCGGCAACAGCAUUUCUUAGAUGGAUAGGCAUACGAGUGGACUUCCAAGGUUCUCAACUUAAUAGUAUUUGCGCUGCAAGCAAGAGAUUUAUGCCACUUUCCUCCCUAUUGGAUAUUGGAGAUCUUGAAAAUUUGUUGGGUUACCAGUUUCUUCAUAAGGGUCUCCUCCUUCAGGCGAUUGUGCAUCCUUCUUUUAAUAGGCAUGGGGGAGGCUGCUACCAGAGAUUGGAGUUUCUUGGAGAUGCUGUCUUAGAUUAUUUAAUUACAUCAUAUCUGUUUUCACUGUAUCCAAAGUUGAAACCUGGUCAGUUGACUGAUUUGAGAUCAGUGUCAGUGAACAACAAGUCCUUUGCCAAUGUUGCAGUGGACAGACGCUUACACAAAUUUCUUAUGUGUGACUCUUGUCACCUCAACGAGGCCAUAGAAAAAUAUGUUGACUUCAUCACAUCAUCAUCACCAGACAGGGGAUUGUUUGAAGGGCCAAAAUGUCCGAAGGCUCUUGGUGACUUGGUAGAGUCUUGUUUCGGUGCUAUUCUCCUUGAUACAGGGUUCAACUUGAACCGUGUUUGGAAGAUAAUGCUAUCCAUUCUGGAUCCAAUCAAGAGCCUUUCAAGUGUGCAGCUCAAUCCUAUCAGGGAAGUACAGGAGCUUUCCCAGUGUUAUAACUGGGAUUUGCAGUUUCUAGUUGCAAAAGUUGGUAGAAAUUUUUCAGUGGAUGCAAAGGUAAAUGCAGGAGAUGUACCUCUAUGUGUUUCUUACAGCAACAUUAAUAGAAAAGAAGCUAUCAGAACUACUGCACAUCAACUAUAUGUAAAGUUAAAGGCUCUAGGAUAUGCACCCAAAUCAAAGUCCUUGGAAGAAGUUUUGAAGGGAAGCCCCAAGAAUGAAGCCAAGCUGAUUGGAUACGAUGAAACACCCAUUGAUGUCAGUGUUACUGACAUAGUUGGAUUUGAAAACAUGAAAUUGCAAGAAUCUCUUGUGAAUGAUUUCAACCCCAAAACUCGUUCUAUUAAAAGGACAACUUCUAGCGGUGUAUCUUGCAUCUCACCUGGUAGCAGACCUCCACCUUCUUUUGAAGUAAAAGCAGCAAGGGGUUCAGCCUCUGGUAUUGAAGCCAAAGGCAAACCCCCCAAUUGCUCCAUUGUGGAUCCUAGUUGUGGGAUUGACUCGCCAUCCAAAGGUGAAUCACAUGGUCGUACUGCUAGAUCACAGUUAUACGAAAUCUGUGCUAUCAAUUGCUGGAAACCCCCUUUGUUUGAAUGUUGCAAAGAGGAAGGACCAAGUCAUUUGAGAUCAUUCACUUACAGGGUAAUAGUUGAAAUCGAAGAAGCUCCAGAUAUGAUAUUGGAGUGCUUCAGCAGUCCUCGGACCACAAAGAAGGCAGCAGCCGAGCAUGCAGCGGAAGGUGCACUCUGGUAUUUAAAACAUGGAGGAUACUUACAAUAGGUCAACUUAACCGACUGAACCUCAUUGCUAGACAUAAUGGAGAUCAAGGUUUGAAUUUAGUCAUUUUGCUAUCUCAGUUCAAUGGCUCUAGUCUCUCUCUUCAUCCCCUAUUUAAUGAACUUAAAAACCAGCAUUUUCUUUAAAAGUCGAAUAAAAGAUGAUUUAACAACAAAAUUAAAAUUUUGCUUCGAACUUGUUAACGUGGCAUUUUUGGUAUGUCCAUGUAUCCAACAAGGAGCCCAAUUUAAUUCAAUCCAUGUAUCUGGUGCUGUGUCAUGAAAGUGUAAAGAUUAAAUUUAUUAAACUCGAGAUAGAGGAUUAAAGCUAUUCAAUUGAGAUAAUAAGAUGAUCGAAUUUAGAUUUCAAACUCAAA